CGUUCGUCCCGCCUCUUUCGCCAUUUUGACUGUUAUGUCUGUCUCGUGAGGGGAUGGAAGGUACAAUUUGAUAGUACAGAAGAGUAAAUAUCGGGCAAAUUUAUCAGGUGUGCAGAUAUAUUUAUCUUCACUUAACCCUUCUUCUCUGAGAGGAGGAGGGUGUUUGAUUCGGCUGGUUUCUGAGGAGAGUUGUGUGCAUAAGCCGCCAUGUACAUUAAACAGGUUAUUAUUCAGGGGUUUCGCAGCUACAGAGAUCAGACUGUGGUUGAUCCCUUCAGCUCCAAACACAAUGUUAUAGUUGGAAGAAAUGGAUCAGGAAAGAGUAACUUCUUCUAUGCCAUACAGUUUGUACUCAGUGAUGAGUUCAGUCAUCUUCGUCCAGAGCAGCGUCUGGCUCUGCUUCACGAAGGCACUGGUCCUCGAGUCAUUUCUGCCUUUGUGGAAAUUAUAUUCGACAACUCUGACAACAGGCUGCCGAUUGAUAAAGAGGAGGUGUCUCUGCGCCGUGUCAUCGGAGCAAAGAAAGAUCAGUACUUCUUAGACAAAAAGAUGGUCACUAAGAACGACGUGAUGAACCUGUUGGAGAGUGCUGGUUUCUCCCGCAGCAACCCUUACUACAUCGUCAAGCAGGGAAAGAUCAAUCAACUUUUUGGCAAGCGAGAGAAGAUUAAUGAGCUGCUAAAGUACAUUGAGGAACGUCUGCACACUCUGGAGGAUGAGAAAGAGGAACUGGCUCAGUACCAGAAGUGGGACAAAAUGAGAAGAGCUCUGGAGUACACCAUCUAUAACCAGGAGCUCAACGAAACCCGGGCCAAAUUGGACGAGUUGUCCUCUAAGAGAGAGACCUGUGGAGACAAAUCUAGACAACUGCGAGAUGCUCAACAAGAUGCUCGAGACAAAGUGGAGGAGACUGAGCGUGUGGUGAGGGAGCUGAAGGCUCGAAUCUCCGCCAUGAAGGAGGAGAAAGAACAGCUGAGCACCGAGCGACAGGAGCAGAUCAAACAGAGGACCAAACUGGAGCUCAAAGCCAAAGAUCUGCAGGACGAGCUGGCAGGAAACAGCGAGCAGAGGAAACGGCUGCUCAAAGAGCGCCAGAAGCUUCUGGAGAAGAUUGAAGAAAAACAGAAGGAGCUGCAGGAAACAGAACCCAAAUUUAACGCUGUGAAAGAAAGAGAGGAGCGAGGAAUUUCCCGACUGGCUCAAGCCACACAAGAGCGAACAGACCUGUAUGCCAAACAGGGCCGAGGCAGUCAGUUCACCUCUAAAGAAGAGAGGGACAAAUGGAUCAAGAAAGAGCUGAAGUCUCUGGAUCAAGCCAUCAAUGACAAGAAACGGCAGAUCGCUGCCAUCCACAAAGAUCUGGAGGACACUGAAGCCAAUAAAGAGAAAAACCUGGAACAGUACAAUAAACUGGACCAGGACUUGAGUGAAGUGAAGACUCGAGUGGAGGAGCUGGAUAAGAAGUACUAUGAGGUGAAGAACCGAAAGGAUGAACUUCAGAGCGAGAGAAACUACCUGUGGAGGGAGGAGAACGCAGAACAGCAGGCGCUGGCAGCCAAACGAGAAGAGCUGGAGAAGAAACAACAGCUACUGCGAGCAGCCACCGGAAAGGCUAUUUUGAAUGGCAUCGACAGCAUUAAUAAAGUAUUGGAACAUUUCCGCCGGAAGGGCAUCAGCCAACAUCUCAUCAACGGUUACCACGGCAUCAUCAUGAAUAACUUUGAGUGUGAACCUGCUUUCUACACCUGUGUGGAGGUGACCGCUGGCACCAGGCUGUUUUACCACAUCGUGGAAACGGAUGAAGUGAGCACCAAGAUUCUAAUGGAGUUUAAUAAGAUGAACUUGCCUGGAGAGGUCACCUUCCUGCCCCUCAGCAAACUGGAUGUCAGGGACACCGCUUACCCUGAGACUAAUGAUGCAAUCCCCAUGAUUAGCAAGCUCCGUUACAGUCCAAACUUCGACAAGGCUUUCAAACACGUGUUUGGGAAGACGCUGAUCUGCCGCAGCAUGGAAGUGUCCACUCAGCUGGCUCGAGCUUUCACCAUGGACUGCAUCACACUGGAGGGUGAUCAGGUGAGUCAUCGUGGGGCUCUGACCGGUGGCUACUACGACACACGCAAGUCCCGUCUGGAGCUACAGAAGGACAUGAGGAAGGCCGAGGAGGAACUUGGAGAACUGGAGGCCAAACUCAACGAAAACCUGCGUAGAAAUAUUGAACGCAUCAAUAACGAAAUUGACCAGCUGAUGAAUCAGAUGCAGCAAAUUGAGACCCAGCAGAGGAAGUUCAAGGCAUCCAGAGACAGUAUACUGUCUGAGAUGAAGAUGCUAAAGGAGAAGAGACAGCAGUCAGAGAAAACAUUUAUGCCCAAGCAACGCAGUCUUCAGAGUCUGGAGGCCAGUCUGCAUGCCAUGGAGAGCACGCGGGAGUCUCUGAAGGCAGAGCUGGGAACGGACCUGCUCUCUCAGCUCAGUUUAGAGGACCAACGCAGGGUGGACGACCUCAACGACGAGAUCAGACAGCUGCAACAGGACAACAGACAGCUGCUGAAUGAGAGAAUUAAGCUGGAGGGAAUCAUGACCAGGGUGGAGACGUACCUCAACGAGAACCUGCGCAAACGUCUCGACCAAGUCGAGCAGGAAUUGAAUGAACUGAGAGAAACCGAAGGAGGAACCGUCCUCACUGCCACAACGUCAGAAUUGGAUGGCAUUAAUAAACGCAUAAAAGACACUUUGGCUCGAUCUGAGGAUUUGGACUCCCUCAUCGAUAAGACGGAGGUGGAAAUAAAAGACCACCAGAAGAGUAUGGAGCGCUGGAAGAACAUCGAGAAGGAUCAGAACGAAGCCAUCAAUCACGACACAAAGGAGCUGGAGAAGAUGACCAACAGACAGGGGAUGUUACUGAAGAAGAAAGAGGAAUGCAUGAAGAAGAUUCGCGAGCUGGGCUCCCUGCCGCAGGAGGCCUUUGAAAAGUACCAGACGCUCACGCUCAAACAGUUGUUCAGGAAGCUGGAGCAAUGUAACACAGAGCUGAAAAAAUACAGCCAUGUGAAUAAAAAAGCCCUGGACCAGUUCGUCAAUUUCUCAGAGCAGAAAGAGAAGUUGAUUAAGAGGCAGGACGAGCUGGAGAGAGGCUACAAAUCCAUCAUGGAGCUCAUGAAUGUCCUGGAGCUGCGCAAAUACGAGGCCAUCCAGCUCACCUUCAAACAGGUGUCUAAGAAUUUCAGCGAGGUAUUUCAGAAGCUGGUGCCCGGUGGUAAAGCAACUCUGGUGAUGAAGAAGGGAGACACUGAAGGUGGACAGUCUCAGGACGAGGGCGAGGGAGCGGACAGUGAGAGGGGAUCUUCCUCCCAGAGCAGCGUUCCCAGUGUAGACCAGUUCACUGGAGUGGGCAUCAGGGUGUCAUUCACCGGUAAACAGGGAGAGAUGAGGGAGAUGCAGCAGCUUUCUGGAGGUCAGAAGUCUCUGGUGGCUCUGGCUCUCAUCUUUGCCAUCCAGAAAUGUGACCCUGCUCCUUUCUACCUGUUUGAUGAAAUUGACCAGGCUCUAGACGCACAGCACAGAAAAGCAGUGUCAGACAUGAUCGUGGAGCUGGCUGGACAUGCUCAGUUCAUCACCACGACCUUCAGACCCGAGCUGCUGGAGUCGGCCGACAAGUUCUACGGCGUCAAAUUCAGAAACAAGGUGAGUCACAUCGAUGUGAUCUCAGCAGAGCAGGCGAAGGACUUUGUGGAGGAUGACACCACUCACGGCUAAGAGAAACAAUACACCUCGAUCACUCAUUUUCCUCGUUUCUCACCCCCGUCUCACCUGGUGUUUUUCCAUUAAAAGCCGUUAAAAGCCCACUUGGAAAUAAAUGCAAAGUUUUUUUUUUCCCCCUCAUAUUCUGAACGGGGAUAUACUGACUAAUUGUUGUUUUACAGUUAUUUUUUGUAUUUUCUUUCCUCUUUGUUGAUUCUCGUAUUUCAAGGAUAAAACACUGAACAUGUUUUUCAAUAUUUUGAUGAAAUGAGCCAUGCUUUGCACCUGCUUCAGCCCGAGUUAUUUAAAGUUGAGGAAGUUCAGCCACUCUGUUUCAGAGUUAAGCUUCAUUAGGGGAACUUAUGUAGUUGCUGAGACUGAGUACACAGGUAGGUGAAUGUUAAAGAUCUACGGUUUGCAGUCUGCCUGUUCGGCACCAGUUCUCUCUUCCUCACUGCUCUAAACCAGCAUGAGCUGUUCCUUCAUAGUCUUUUUUUUUUUUUAAGCGAUACGGCUCGUUUUGAGGUUUUCCAAAUGAGCCUAAAUGUUUUUAUUAAUGUUUCGUUGAUUUCAUUUCUUCUUUAGGUCAUUGUGAUUUAUAGUCUUUUAAUGUGUUUUCUGUUACCCAAAAAUAAUAAAAUAACCCUGGUCUUUAUCAACAUGCAC